AUGGCACAAGGUUGGCAUGCACCGGUACAGAACUACACGUCACAACAGAUGCCACUACUGUCUCCAGUAGAGAAUACGGGGCUUCUGUCGCCGUUCUCCAUGACUUCCCAAGAUACAAAGCAUCCCAAUACUGCACCAUUCGACGUCUACGAAGCUGAAAGGAUGAUGCAGCCUAAACUUGAGGAUAACUCGCCGAAGGCCAUCUUACCAUACCCCCCAUCGCAUUCUAUCGCUCAACAUUCGCGGAUGGAGCAAGGCCCUUCUAAUAGACGAACCAACUCGAGAAUUCAACGAGCUAGGCGUCACCGCAGGAUAAUCACUCAGUCGUCGCAGUACAGGGCAUACCGAACGAAGCAGGAUCAGCAACAAGAUGGUCAGAAAUGGUCGGCGGACUUGGAAGAGGCGUUUCUCGAUGCUUUCCUUGACGUCCCAAUGAUGGGUAAACUGAUGUUUCAAAUCAACGGGAAACCCCACGGGCGCAACCAGUUGAUAGCAUUAUACAUGUGGAUUGCGUAUGAGAAAUCGCUGCCGCCCAAUGUCCGUCCCGAUAAAACAAAGCGUCGUACCCAGAAGCAGGUCUCCAGUCACAUCCAGGUCUUGAAAGGAUACAUACGAACCGAUCCUGCGUUCCAGCAUAUAUUUCGCUCGGCGAAUGAGAAGCCAAAAUGUAGCAACAGGGACAUGCUGAACAAUGAUCCAUGCCUCACAGCCCUUGCGAACAAUUCAUUGCCCCACUGGCGUUCAACACCCUCGCCCAUUAGCAUGGCAUCAAUACGGCCCUGUCUGUUUGAUCUGUGUAUGUCUAUUCCGAAAGCCGGUGGCCAUUACGAGCGCCUACACGAGUACUUGGAUCCAGAGCCCCUCGUAUUAAGUCCAACCGGCAUUGGAGAAUCGCUACCAAACUGGCGGCGACAAUUUCCUCAGAUCGUACAUGGCUCGGCGGCAGUCCGCGGUUUGGGUUGCAGUCUCAUCCACGUCGAUGUUUCUUUGACUCUGGGAUACGCUAGUGCUCCUGCGGAGGCUGAGCUCUUGGGUAACUUUGAAAUAGCCGUUCCGUCGAAUGAAAGCCAUUUAAAGUGGCACAGCGUACAAACCGUACAAAGGCACAAAGACUUGUUCGGCGCUUCUGGGUCGGAUCUAAUUUCAACGAAUAAUUCUUCACUGCAUGUAGACCGGUUCGAGGAUGGCACUGGCGCAAUAAUGCGUUUAGCAUUUCCUGCCCUUCCAUGGGCACAUGCUCUAGGAAAGAUGGACGACUUUCAGGGGCAGUUUGAGGAAAGUCAACGAGGUGGACACUACCACCCAGUUCAGCUGGAAGCUCGCCAAUACAUCGACCAGAUGACAAUGUAUCAAGAGGUCUUUUCAUCGGCUGACUACGGCCGCUCUUGGACGAAGAAGGUUAUAUUGGUUUGGACAUUCACCAAGGCCAACCAAGAUGAGAGAGGGCUGAUUACGUGGCGCCACAUCCACACAGCUCCUCUGGGACAGUCAUUGUUGUCUCCGCAUCCAGACAAUGGCCAGGACAUGCAAGCUGCAAUGGACAAUAACUUCAAUCCCACAGGUCGUGCACCAUUACUUUCCAUCCAGCCUAUUUAUUACGACUCCGUACCCAAUGAUCUUAUAACACCAUCCAACUCGUCGGCUCAGCCGUCGCCAUUUUCUCAAUACGGCAAUCCAACACACGAGGAUAUAGUGCCCAAGAACAUGACCUUUAUGCCUCACAGCACUCAACAAAGUGAUGGGGCCAUUGCAGAGCAAGCUCCACAUAUGAACUAUAUGGUUGAUAGCGAUCCCUCCAACCUCUACGGCUUCGAGCAUAACGCCAACUUGUGGCAACCUCAUCCCAAUCUACAACGUUUUGAAAAUGAUGGCUACCUAUCCCCAUACAGCACUCCCAUGCCAACAGGUGGCGUCGCUCAAGAUUUGAAAGGAAAUUGGCAAGGACCUCAAGAUUUGGAUUGGUGGCAUCGGUCAUGCGAGCAGCCACGCCUUCAGAAUUGA